GGAAUAUUUAAUUAGGAGUUAAGUUUUCAAAGUGUUGUUUUGCUGAUUACUCAAGGCGCAAAUUCCAAGGGUGGCGGUUCUGUCGUCUGUAAAUUCUUAGAGAGUUGGAAGUUUUCGUUCUUGCUAGUUUGUAGGCAUACAUCCUUAUUAGCCUUCUUGCCAGUGGAAUGCUACACGCUACAACGUAUUCAGACGACUUGUAUUAGACGACUCAUUCGUGAAUUUCUGACUUACAUUAUGAAUUAUAUGCAAGUAACUCGGAAUAUGUAGUGCAUUUUCUUUAUCUCAUGGGCUAUUAACGAUAACGGGUUAUCGUUACUUACCAAUCUUUUAGUGUUUUUUGAACCUUUAUUAUUUUCUCAGAAAUAUGAAAUGCGAAUACCUCAAGUUAUGGGAACCUAAUCAUGCUCAUUCUUAUUUCCGUACAAAGUUGUUUUACUCAGGUUUAAGGAAGAUUACAAACUCAGUUUCAAAGCACUCGUUUGUUUAUCUUUUUACUAGUUAUGGUGCAUUGGUGUUUUCUCACGAAAUUAACAUCCACCACCUGUUAUUCCUAGUAUUUAUUACUUUUAGGUGGUGUCUUAUUGAGUCAUACUUAUCCACUUUAGGCUUUCGGAUCCGUGGUUGUUUAUUUUAACCUUCCAGCUCCUAAGGGUUCGGCUAAUGUCCGUAACGGUCUAAGUGACUUUUUAUUAGAAAAGUUAACCCAACUUAAAAUGUAGCGCAGAUAUAGGUACUACAUGCGCAUUAUAUACUUUUAAAAUAUCUGUCAUCACAUGAGCUCGGAUUUUUGAUUCUUUUUGUCCUCAUAGAUCUUUUGCGCAUCCAUUUGUAGAGGUGUUUCGAUGGCUAAAGUGUUUGACUUUCAAUGGCUGUGAGCUGCUCUAACUCAAUUCGGGCAUCCCAAUAAUGUCACUAGGGCCAAAAAAUUUGUAUAACUUAAAGAUAAGUGUAUGGGUCCACGCAUCAAUAAGUUCCACCUAGCUCUGUUUACUCACGUUAGGAAUCUGAUUGUCUCAUAACAUAAAAACUAUCCUCUCAAUUAUGGCCCUUUUACAAGUAAUUUGGAUUUGAAAGACUGAUAUUUAUUUAGUUGCCAGCUGAUCUGGGGGGGGGGUCUAUCGACUUUAUGCUAGUAUUCAGCGUGGUAAAGAUAGGUGUUACUUCACAUAGAACACUGGCGGAACACCAAACAUUAUACCAUAGGACCAACGGAUUGCACGCAACCUGCCUUACUCUACUUUAGGAUUGUCAGAUCUGGAACUGUAUAUAAGGAAUUUUAUACAGGCGACAAGCAUUUUAGCAUAUGGCAACUGGUUUGGUUGGUCAUGUCGUGUACUUUGCAUGGUACACCAUGAUUUGUUCAGAUAUGAGGUCUGGGUUAGACUAAAAUUCAUUUGAAAAUUUGGUAUAAGCAGCUACACUAAAACUUUACACACGUUCAUAAGGUCACUUACGCCCAUUAUAAAUCAUUUUGUUUAUAUGCUUGUUAGAUGCUUUUGAUAUUGUAUCUGAGAGGCGAUAAGAUUAGAUCACUCAAAUUUCAACUACUGGUUUGCAGAUUAGAACUCCAACAUAUCUCCUUUGGUUUAGGCGAUUAAAUCACGAACCAUCAAAAAGGUCUAUCUCAAAUUUGAGUAGAUAAAAGUGUUCCCGGUCCUUAGUAGCAUUUAUUUAUUGGUAGACUAUCGAAAUAAGCGUUUGUUUACUAUUGGAGAUUCAUAAUACUACCAAGAUGCUAUCGAAUCAGCUUUGCAUCUGAUGCUCAAAAAGAUAAAUAAGGCCAUUUCCCCCAUUUGCAGUACAUAUCACUGUUGCGAUAUGCAUUAUUUUCGUAAAGAAAACAAUGUGAUAACAGUCCAGAUCACUUAGCUAUUUAUGGGGAGAAUCCGUGUUGUUGAUUAUUAAAGUUGUUUUUGCAUCACUAAUUUAUUACCAGCUUUUUUAUCGGUUUACUUUAUUGUUCAGCUCAUGACGACUCUUGCUCCAAACAGUGUAUACCAGACUCUAUUUACUGGACAAAACCAAGUUUAUACAAACUCAAGUGGUGAGGUCCUCAUGAAUCUGGACAUUUCUAAUGCACAUGAAAAUCCAGGAGCGGACUCAUAUGUUCAACAAGUUUGUUCUGUUGUUAUUAGCCAAGAAAAUCCAAUUACUUCUGAAGUACAAAGUGAACUUAAGGUAUCUGAAUCUAUUUCUUCUGGUCCGGUGGGACGUUUCGAAUGUAACUACUGCCAUAAGAAUUACUUUUCUGAAUCCAAUCUCCAACUUCAUUUAGAUGUUGCUCAUCGUGGUUUACGUCGUUUUCAGUGUAACUUUUGCGGCAAAACUUAUGCUAAAGGUUUCCUUCUAAAAGCUCAUGUGAAAAGUGUUCAUGAAAAUAUUCGUGAUGUGACAUGCACUAUAUGUCAGAAGGCUUUUUCUAAACGGUCUGUGAUGCGCAGGCAUAUGAAGUCAGUUCAUGCAGAGAAAAAAGAUUUCCACUGUAAUCUAUGUCAAAAACAGUUUACAGAAAAAAAGAAUCUUCAGAUGCAUAUAAAUGCAUUGCAUAAAGGUCUACGACCCCAUCAAUGUGAUGAUUGUCUCAAAGAGUUUGCUCGGAAGUGCGAUUUGUUAAGACAUUCAAAUUCAGUUCAUCGUGAUUCCAAACCUUACAUGUGCCCGUUAUGUAAUAAAGGGUUUCCACAGAAAUGGUAUUUUGAGCGUCAUGUGGCUUCUGUCCAUAAAAAGACUCCAUUUCCAAUAUCUUUUAUGGUGCCACGACAACAAACCCAACAACAACAUCAAACUUUACAAACUCAACAAGAACAACAACAAAUACAAGAAAUGUUACAGCAACAACAACAACAGGAACAACAUCAACAACAACAACAGCAACAUCAAUUAAUUCAUCAUCAGCAGGAACAACAACAACUGACAGUCCUUCAAACUCAACCUCAUUCUCAACAAGUCAACUUACCUAUGGGCACUAUAAUUGCUACACCUGGCUCUGUUCAGAAUGCAAUGCCUUCUGGUACACAGGUAAUGAUGGUUGCUCCUGGAGUAAAUAUGCCUAUGCCAGCAUUUUUCUUUCAACCACAACAAGCUACUCCAUUCGCAAAUACUAUUACUAUGAAUCCACACACAGCAGUUCUCCCGACAAGUACUAAUUCUCUAUUUCGUUCCAAUUGUGCUACAACCUCAGCAACAUUCAUAACUUCUCCUUUUGGUGUUAGUCAUUUACCUGUGAAACCGAUAACUUUUAAUUCAACACAAAUAGCUGUUACUGCUCCUUCAACUCCGUCACCUUCUAGACCAGCAAAAGAAUAUCAGUGUGCGACUUGCUCCAAAGUUUAUCCUCGACGUCAAAGUUUGCAAGCUCAUAUAAUACAAGUACAUACAGAUAAAAAGCCAUAUGAAUGUAAUGUAUGUCAUAAGGGUUUUGUCCGUCGUUGGGAUUUUUAUCGUCAUGUGAACUCUGUUCAUCAUGAUAAUGCAACAACUGCUAUUGGCAAUGACAAAUUAGAAGAAUAUGUAGCAUGGAUGCGUGGACGUCGAUCAUCGUUGGAUAUUAGCUGGAAUGUUUAAAUGCUGUUCGACCUGAUUUAACAAGAGUCAAAAUAGAAGGACAACCACAAACUUCACAAAUGACACCGAAACCAGAACAAAUGAAUCAUUACCUCAUAGGAUCAGAUGUUACAGCUGUUGAUACAUCAGAUAUAAAUAAUUUAUGAUAACAUAUAAACAAAUAAUAUGAAUAUUGUUACUUUCUGUAUAUAAUUAUGUAAAUGAAUUAAUUCUUUUAUUCGUUAGUUUGUCGAUAAAAUCGAUACAAUAAUGUGGUUUCUUUUUCUUUUUUCUCAUUAGGCUAAUCUUUGUUUAUCAAGAGUCGUCUACUGUUUGGUUUCCUUUUUUUCCUUAGGUGCAAUAGCCCUACUGUGAUCAUGCAUUGUUCUAUAAUAUUCAUCAAGUGAAUAUUCUCGUUUGUACCCUUAAAAAUUUUGCAUAUUCAAGCAAAUUUGCGUCAAUUCUUAUUGUUAUUAUUACUAUUAUUAUUGCUUGACGUUAUUUUGUUAAGCGUUUAAAAUUAAGUUAGCAGCAGUAUUACAGACUACUCUUUAUUCAAACCAAAUAACAAUCUUUUUCUCACUGAAAUUUUCCAGUGGUUUUCAUAUUGCUAGUAUUAAUGUUAUGAGCAUUAUUUUACAAUCAUGUAGUUAUGAUAAUUCAUUGUUCUUUUUUUUCGUCUCAUUAUGUUCAUCACUACAAGUUUAAUUUCUUUUUGUUAUGUAUCAAUAAGUAAUUCGUAUUGUAACUAUUAUUUCCUAUGCUCCCACCUCCUUAAAAAUAUUUUAUCUCAUAUUACCUACAAUCUAAUUAAAUUUUUAUCCCACUCUUUCAUAUUAUAUAUAUGUUUACUGCUUUGCUUCAGCAUCAUUAAUUGGUGGAGCAACUGAGUAAUGUUUAGUGAGUGUAAAAUUUGAUUAGUGUUCAACUUUGCAUGGAUUAUCUACAUUAUUUUUAUCACAAAGGGAGAAAUAUCGGUAAAAGUAUAAUAUCCUGGCAGCCUUGAGUUAACCAGUCAUAAUUAAGAUAACGCCUCAUGUAUUUUGCUCGAAGUUUAAAGUGCAGUGAUAGAUAGCGUAUCUGACAUUAUCAACCAAGAGAUAAUUGGCAGUGUUUGGUUCUUAGAAUGUUUGAGAUCAAUGAAAAUAUAUACGAUGUAACCAAAAAGUUAAUUUAAAUGGUGCUAAGACUAAAUUACAUAACAUACUUGCUUCUUGAGAGGAUUUUGAAUUAAAGCACCUAUUAUCGCCCAUUGUGUAAUCAAAUGUUUAGUGAAGCUAGAUAGUAUUCUUCCUGUUUUAUUCGUACUCUAAGUAUCAGAGGUUUGUAAACGGGAAAAUGGCAAGGCACUACAUUAUUGCUGAUGUUUGUUCGUGUUGGAAACUUUGACCUUAAUUUGCAAGACUAACUCAAAAAUCCAGUUGAACUCUUAAUGCUUAACCCCUACCUUUAGCAUUAUAACUAAUGUCAGUUGGUGAUGAAAACUCUAUGGGGUUGUAAACUUAACUCAAAACACUAGCCCGACUCUUAAUAUGCAUGUAUGUUUGUAAACUUGCCUUUGUCUCUUUACUAUAAGGGGUAAUUUGACUUGUGAUGGUUAUUUAUUACGAUAAAAGUUGUUAUUUCAUUUUUUUUUAAUUGUCACUUGUUUCAUAAUAAGGCACUGUUUCCUUAUUGACAACUUUACGUUUGAUAUAUAGUAUUAUGCAUUAUAGUUGCUUCCUUGUUGCUUCACAAGAAUUUAUAAUUGUUGAUGAUCUUUCGAUUUUGAGAUUAUGCAAUAGUUAAUGAUAAUGCUAUACUGUUCAGAUUUAAAUUGUUUUUGUUCAGACGGUGACAGUAAAU